GGGGGGGGAACCACACCCAGUCAUGGAGCCGGACGGGGAGGCCGGCCCGCCCAAGAAGAGCGAGUGUGACGCGGGGACGUUCAAGGUACCCUACCCUUACAAGAACCCCGGCAACAAGCUCCCUCUGCAGCCCACCGCGCGGCGGGCCGCCACGCUGUACCAGCCCUGGACCCAGAGCCACACGUCCACCGGCCGGACCAAGGCCCAGAGCCUUCCCCAGCACUCCUGGGCGGGCUGGGCCGAGUUCCACCACCACCUCCACACCGGCGGGUCGUCGGACCUUCCCCACCGACACGGGCCCUCCGUGGGCCACAUCAGGGACUACUGCCCCGCCUUCGUCCAGCCGGGAGGCCUCCUACGCUACCCGCUGAAGCUGGUUCCCAUCACUGUUCCGGAGGACGGCGAGAGGCCCGUGAUGGGCUACAGGAGGGAGGCCCCUAAGUUAAGGGAACGGUUCAGCUUAGAGACCUUCUCUGGGCGGACGACCCCCAGGGGAGACAGGGGCCCGUGGGGGAGGAGGAGAGAGCAGCCGGCGGGGCCUCCUCCCAGCGGCGUCGGCCCGACCACCCUGACCCCUUCCUUCCUCACCCCGUCCCUCCCGCCUGUGGAGGACGUGAAACCCCACGAGGAGCUGCUGUACGAGCACCUGGUCGCAAGCGGUGUCAAUCACCCACGUGCCAUUCCGAGUCUUGUUUCUUCUUCAUCACCCUCAUCAGCGUCAUCCCCAUGCUCAUCCUCUGGUUACAGCUCACAACACAAGUUCACCUCUUUCCAAGCAGAGCGUAAACCGAUCUUUGAGUCUUCCUCCGUCCCUGCCUCCUCCUCCUCCUCCUCCUCCUCGCCACCGCCCUCCCCUGAACCCUUCCCCUGGCUGCUCCCCCACUUCGCCGCCGGCUCGCUGAUCGAGCUCCGGGACGGCCGGCUCAAGCGGGUGGAGGACCUCCAGACGGAGGACUUCCUGCUGGGAUCCCUGGCCAGACGGGGUCUGCAGCUCAGCUGCUGCACAGUGCAGAGCAUCACCUCCUCCUCCUCCUCUUCCUCCUCCUCCUCCUCCAGCCCUCCUGCCCUCUCGCGCCUCCUCAUCCUGCUCCACGACCAGAACUCCCAGGAGUUGGUGGACGUGUAUAUGGAGUACCCGUUCUUUGUGCGCGGACGAGGUUGGUCGUCCUGCUGCCCAGAACGAACGGCCCGUCUCUGUGGCCUGAGCUGCGGCCAGCUGAGCGUGGGAGACGUCUGCCUGGCUCUCACCCCUGCGUCUCCCAGCGGUCCUCCAGACCCGGGGGAGGUCGCCGCUAGACGGUGUAUGCCAAAGGAGCAGACCCGUUCCGAGGCUUGCCCUCCAGCCCAGGGCCCGGACCCUGAGGAGGGGGCAGUGGAGGGUGAGUGAGGGGCCAGGGUCACACGACACAACUAGAUUGACUGGAAGAUCAUCGAUCAUCAUCUCCUGAGAUUAACUUGACAGACUCUCUCUCUCUUAACUUAACACUCACCUUUAGGGUGCGGUUUAGUUUAGUCCUGUGGAAUCUGCACCUUUUUUCUACCUCAAAGCAACCAAUUAAAUUGUGCUUGAUUGUCUUUCUUUAGUGUAUUCGAUAAUAACCUCUAACUGAAUGGGUGGUAGUUGUUUACACAAGGGACGCAAGGGAUGAAAUGGCUUCCUCCGGUCUGGCGCUGGGGAAUCCAUUUAUAGGGAUUCACAGCAAACUUGCACAACAUUUCUGAAUAUGUCUAUUGGUUUUGCUUUAAUGUGUGCAUGCGUGGAUACUGUUGAUAGCAAGAAGACUCCCCUAAUGCAGCCCUUCUCAGGUAGUGGAUUCAUCUUGGUAAGACUGAGAUGUUUUAAUGAAUGACAUGCUUGUCGUGUGGGAUAAGGAGUCAUUUUUGUGCUUAAGCUUUUGUCUUUUGCCAAAAAAGCCAACUGGGUUUUAUAUGUGUCGAAAACAAUAUACUUCAAUAGCAAUGAUUAAUUAAUUGAUUUAAUAUUCUGCUAUUGCAAUAGUUGUGAGUCAGAUAGAUUGUGCUUUGUCAAUCCAACUUAAACAAAAUCUUAAAUCUAGGGUUCUUUUAGGCUUCAUUUUCAUGUUAACAUUUGAAAAAAUAUCCUUGCCUAAGAUAAUAACAUAAUCAGUUGGUAGUGAAGUACCGUACAACUUCUGCUUGGUUGGAUUAUGUGCAUUUAUUGAUUGUUCCCUGAGAAAUGUAAAAACAUAAAUCACUUAAUAUGG